AUGGAGCCUGAGCAAUCCAACGGCAGCCAGAUGCAGGUCGACGGCCCCGAGGCAAGGGACGGCGGAGACGAAGAAGAAGAUUUCGAUUUGUACGAAGGCAUCGAUGCUGCUGACCACCUCAUUGUCUCCUCCGCCUCUGCUGCGCAUCCCGCGCUGGCCGCAUCUCCAUCCGGCGACGCUUGCAUGCCGUCAUCUGGUCUCCCUCCCGAGGAGUCGGCGCUCGCUUCCCUCGGUUCGCCUCCCCUGACGUGUCCACUGGAGAAGGACGAAAAGGAAGAAGACGAUCUGGUGGUCCUCGGUGGCGACCUUAAUCUCUCCUCUUCCAGCAAAGCCGCCGCGCCUCUGCCCUGUCGACCUUCCACUGCCGUCGGCCGAGGCAGCUCCUUCGAGGCUUCCACUCUAAAAAGAAGAAAAUUCCCUGGAACCGGAGUCGCCUUCACACGCAUCGAAGUUCCGCUCUUCCUGGGGCCCCCUCCGGCGAUUCCGGACCUCGUUCCUGACGCUGAAGGCUCAACAACAAACAGCCUCGUCCUUCUCGCUAAUCUCUCGCUUUGGCAAACUGACAUCUCCAUUCGGGAAGCCGCCGUCCAGUUCGGCCGAGUCCGCGCCGUGCGCAUCUUCAGCAACGCUCUCGACGGCCGCUCAUCUGGGAUCGCGCUCCUUCAGUUCGUCACCAGCGAAGACGCCGCACGCGCAGUGGCCCAAGGCCUCGACCAAGCUCUCAAGGCGAAGCAGCAAGGCCAGCGCCAAAUCAGAGUGAUCGCCGUGCCGGCUGCUCUGGUGGACGAGCUCGAUGCAUGCGACUCCAUUUCCUGGACGAGAGGCGGACCUAUCCCCGACCAGCUGCUGAGGAAACUCUUCCAACUUGCCGGUCAGGCGCUGCCACACCGGGACCCCUCCGCUCUGUCUGCUUCGUUUUUCGCUUCCCUGGUUUCGUCCCACGUCGAGCUGAACGAAGCGCCGGGCGCCAGGGCCGACGCAGCACGUGGCGAUCCCGCGCUAGUUGGGCUCCAACAAGGCGCUGGAGACGCGCCGGCGCACGCCGGCGCAGAGGACCGUCCAGGUGGACUGCAGAGUCCCGGCCAAUCGGGAAAUGGCCAAGGGAAAGGCUCCUUGGACCCCCUCGGAGCUGCGCGGUCGCUAUCUGCCACCGAGGCCCCCCCAGGAACCGGAGCGCCGCCGCGGGGUUCUUCUCUCUCAGGCCCGCAGUCGCCUCAGUUGUUGCCUGCGUCGGCGUCUCCAUCUGGAUCCCAUGGGGUUGGGCCGGGCCCUCUCCCACGUGUCCCUGCGCCUCUCUCGGCUCCAGCAUCGUCGACAUCCGCUUCGUUUCCUUCCUCCUUUCCCUCCUCUCCCUUCAUUCCUCCCCCCCCGCCUCCGCCGCAGACCCCCGGUGCCAUGGCAUCUCAGCAACCGCCCCCGCCUCCGCCGCCGGCAGACGUUGCCUCUGCGCCUCAGCCUGACAUCCUUUCGCACGCCGCUCCCGCGCCGGCUGCCUCUCAGAGUCAGUUCGGGAGGUCCAGCCCGUUCCACGGGACUGGAUCUAACUUUGGAGCCUCUGCGCCUGCUCAACAGGCGAUGGGUGCGAGCGCCGCGCACCCGUCGUCCUUCUCGUCCUUCCCGUCUGCUCCGGCGCCUCCUUCCAUCGUUGUUCUCACGGCUCCGCGCGGGGCUUCCCAGCAGCCUAACCAACGACCGGUCUCUCAAGAAACUUCGUAUCCUGCCUCGUCGACCUCGUUCCCUUCUUCCUUCCCGUCUUCCUCUUUCCCCUCCUAUUCUGCCUCUGAAGAGCCGCAGCGCGCUGGAGGAGCUGCAAUGCUGCGCCCCGCGCCGAGAGCACCAGCUGAGUGGCAGGGAAGAAGAGACGACUUUGCUUUUUUCCCUUCCGGUCAGAACGAAGGAGGCUCAACCGCAAAUCGUUCGUCUACCUUUGCAUCUCAUCCUCAGCAGCACGGUGACGGCUCCCACGCGUCAUUCGCGUCCUACCCAGCUGCCUCGUACUCGUCCUUCGCUUCGCACCCUUACGGAGGGAAGCAGGCCCAAACCUAUCCGCACGCAGUCUCGGCUGAAGGCGGAGAUCGCUACGCAGGCCGCAGCGGCGCAGGCGACCCGGGAGGUUCCGGCUCAGAAGCCGAUUCCAGGAGAGACGGCAAGGCAGAUUCGGGCCCAGGCUUCGCGGCUCCUGUCAACAGGCCCGUGCAUGCACCCGCGCCCCAGGCGCAAGCCUCGCUCCACAGAGUCCAGGCUCCGGCCGCGAAGGUGAAGCGCCAGCGACAAUUUUGA